CUCUUCUCCACUUCUCCCACACUUGUUCUUCCACUCUACUCAAGAUCCUUUCGAAUAUCCAAGAGAUUAUUGAAGAAUCAAGACUUUUAUUCAUUCCUACCGUUUGUUUCGUCCAAGAGAGGUUGAGCGGCGACGAGCGGUUGGCGGUGUUGAGCAAAUUAAACCUUGUAAAGAAUCCGGCUCUUUUCGAUGUGUUGGGGAUGCCUAAUCUUUAUGGUGACAUUAUCAGUGACCUUUGCGCUGGCUUGAUUGGAGGUUUAGGCUUAACUCCCAGCGGUAAUAUUGGCGAGGGAGGGAUUGCGCUUGCUGAAGCAGUGCAUGGUUCUGCACCUGAUAUUGCUGGAAAGAAUUUGGCAAAUCCGACAGCAUUGCUCCUGAGUUCUGUGAGUAUGUUGCGGCAUUUGAAGCUCCAUCAUAAAGCCGACAGAAUUCAGGAUGCUGUACUGAAGACGAUAGCAGAAGGGAAGUACAGAACAGGUGAUCUUGGUGGUAAAGCAACGACAACCAACCGAGUUCACCAAUGCAAUCUGCGAUCACCUCUUAACCCGAAUCCGGCACUUGUACAUCUUGAUUCUUUUCUGGCAGCAGUUCAGCAAUAUGAGGCUGUUGACUUAUAUUUUGUUUCUGCAAAUAUAGAUAUAGCCAUUACUAGUUUGUGAAGCAUCAUAACUCAUCUCUCCCUCAAUUCUUUGCUCAUAAGAAGCAAAAAA